AAAGAAUUUGAGAUUCUCAAAUUCUUUUAGAAUUUGAGGGGAUCUCAAUCCGUAGAAGGCUCUAACUUUAGGUGUCCAGUAGCGACAGAUGUUCUACUCCACCGCAUUCCACAGGAUAUCACUCAUGGCUGCCAAACCCCACCGCCUCCACCAGUCAACAGUUGCAGGGACCUCUUCGUUGCAGAGCUCAGUGAAAAGGUCGAGGACAAUUUCCACCGAGUCCUCCAUGAAGGACGCUUUCGGAAAAUACGCUGAAUACCUCAAUGGCCUCAAUGAAAAGCGUGAAAGAGUGGUGAAAGCAAGUCGUGACAUCACCAUUAACAGCAAAAAGGUCAUAUUUCAGGUGCACAGAAUUGGUAAACACAACAAAGAAGAAGUUUUGGAGAAGGCAGAAAAGGAUUUGGCAGCUGUGACAGAUCAGUAUAUGUCUCGACUAGUGAAAGAACUGCAAGGGACUGAUUUUUGGAAGCUAAGACGAGCAUACUCACCUGGGGUACAAGAAUAUGUUGAAGCUGCAACAUUCUGUAAAUUCUGCAAAACUGGGACUCUUUUGAAUCUUGAUGAGAUAAAUGGGACUUUGUUACCACUUAGUGAUCCAUCUUUUGAACCUUUGCAGAUUAAUGUCCUUGACUAUCUCUUGGGGCUUGCAGACUUGACUGGAGAGCUGAUGCGGUUGGCGAUUGGUCGAAUACCAGAAGGUGAACUUGACUUUGCUGAGAAGAUAUGCAGGUUUGUGCGUGAUAUCUACAGGAUGCUGACUCUUCUUGUCCCAAAUAUGGAUGAUAGUUCUGAUAUGAAGACAAAGAUGGAUACAAUGCUCCAAAGCGUAAUGAAAAUAGAGAAUGCUUGCUUUAGUGCUCAUGUGAGAGGAUCAGAGUACAUUCCACUACUUGGAUCCAGUGAUCAAAGUUCCUUCUUAUUGGGGGUGCCUGAUAUUGAGCUAUGAAAAAUUGUUUGGAUUGCUUCGUGGAGCCCAUGACUACAAGUGCAUGCAUCUAUCUUCCUACUGAAAGGUUUGAAGGUUCAUUUUCAUCUUCUUCUGGGUUAUUUUGGAAAAUUUGUUGGAGAAGCUGCGCAUGGUUUGCUCAACAGGCAGAUAUUGUGAAACUUUUGUGGGGAAUGACUUAAUUUAGAAAUCGGUAAGGGCAGAUUUAUUGAGCUUAUCGAGGCUAUUGCCUCCCAAAGAGGUCUUGACAUGAGGCCCGAAAGAGAAUGCUAAUAUCCCCGUUUCAGGUGAGCUGAUGGAAUAUAACUAAUUAGUAUACUUUGGAUAAAACAACUCCUAGUCCCAUGUGGCUCGAUCUCUUAUUUGUGAGAUUUCUGUUUCAUUUUGAAACUAACAACCAUGUCAAUUUAAUCCUUCGAAUUUCUGAAAACAUUUUUUUUA